AUGUCCAACCGCAUCACUUGGCACUCUGCUUGCAUGGUAGCAAUUCUAUUUUGUGCUAUGCUGGAGCCAUCACAGAGUCAAGGUUGUUCCACGGAGAAGACCGAGAAUGCCACCAUUGAUCUCAAAGUGGCCCUUUCCAGAGGCAUCCGGGGGGCCGAUCCGGUUCACGUUGCAUCUUGGGAAGCUUGCGUCAACUUCUGCUGUUUUGGAAGAAGCAUAUCAGGCAACAAGAAGUGCAACCUAGUCAUCUUUAAACCUCAAAAGAGAGGCAACUCCCCCAAUUGCUACUUGUUUCACUGUCCCACUAUGGAAGCCUGUCCUAUGAAGCAAGCAGUUGGACUGGUAACCUACAGAACAAUAAAAGAUGCAGAGGUUCCAAAACCAACUUCUUCCCUAAACAAGUCCCCGGAUUUAAUUGUGAACGGGAGCUUUGUGUCUCCGAAAGCUGUUGCGCUUGACACUUCUGGCCCAACAACUCCUCCAACUGCGUUGGGUCCUUCUCAAAAGGUUCUCACCCCAAAGAUGAUGAAAACACUCUUGGGCCAGGUAGAGAAACCUGUAGAUAAGAUUCACAGGCACUCCCACCCCCCAGAAGGCGAAGGGACAAAUGCUUCAGAAAGGUCAGAUUCUCUGCCAACACAUCAAACCAUUCAUUCGCUGACCCCAACUAAUACUCCUCAGAACCUACUUCCCAAUACACUAUCCACUGUUAAACUACCUGCUGUUACGCCUUCCACCGAGACAAGGUCUGUGUUCACUGUACCUCCGAGCAAUGCAUCAAGCACGGGACAUGCCACAGCUGACUAUAUGAAUACAUAUGGGGCAACUGUGAGUCCGAGGCGAAGCAGCCCUGCUCCUCAGCCAACGGCCACUUCCCAAGCGAAAGCCAGCAUCCUCAGCCUUCCACCUCCCAGUCUGUCUAAGAGGGUUUCCUCACCUGCGUUACCUGAGGCCCAUCUUAGUCAUGGACAACUGAGUGGGGACAGAGAUGCUCUUAAUGGAGCUCCAGGUGAGAAGUACACUCCCUACUGGGGCGACAAAAGCGUCCUCCUAGCCGCGUUGCUUUUCGGAGUGAUAUUUUUGCUCUUGGCUCAAGUGGUGAUCGGCCGGAAAUUGCUGGAAUCUCUACGGCACAGGCGCUACUCUCGGCUGGACUACUUGAUCAACGGCAUGUAUGCCAACACAUGAUG